GAAGGUGGUCCACUCAAGAGCCCAAGACAUGGCAUGGAUUUUCACAUGGAGGGUGACAUCCCCACACCAUAUGUGAGUGCCCCAUCAAGCCCAUGCCGGCGUAGUAGCUUCAAUGGCCCACCUUACUUCUAUAGUGUGCCGGGGAGCCCGACGUCUCCGAUCGUAGCGCUCAAAUGGGAGUCCAAGCUGGGGGUAGCCAAGAGUGCCAAAGACGACGACAAUUUUGAAUUUGGUACUAGUCAAAGAUUUGAAAGUCUUAUGUGUCCUCACAAUCGACAUACGGAAACAUCAAUGCAACAACAACAACAACAACAACAACAACAAAAGAUGGGAGAGCUUCCCAUCACGUCAUUUGCAGAUGAGCUUUUUUGUAACGGCCAGCUUCGGCCAUUGAAGCUGCCACCACGCCUUCAAUUCGAGAGCAGUCCAAGUUUUUGUGUUUCAUCGCGCCGGUCACCGGGCUCAGCAUCUUGUGGGCCCAUUUAUAGGCGUAGUUUCAAGAACAAGAACAUUGAUCCGUUCGCAGCGGCUCUCGAUGAGAUCAGGAAGGAGGAUGUGGGGAUAGACCAAGGGACCGCAUGUAGGCGGACCCGGUCUUUUUCCUCAUUUAGGACUUUCCGAUGGGGCCGCAACCGCGCAAGUGGCCCGCAGCACCACGACAACAAAAUAGGCCCAUUGGAACCUACAUGGCAAUUCACAUUUGCCCCCAAAGAGCCCAUAGGGCCCAAAAAGUCGUCCUAUGUGAGGCCCACCGACGACACAUGGCAAUUAACAUUGUUCCCCACAGGGCCCACCAAGCCCAUCAAAUCAACUUCAACAGGGCCCACCCGAAAGAGCAUCUUUCCUGGGCCUAGAGUUAACAAAUGUGAGCCCAGUAAGAAGAUUAGUAGAUGGGUCUCUUUUGUUAACUGGUCCAAGAGAAAAAUGAACAAGGACCGCCCAAAGCUCGAUCUGAGAAAUCAGGCGGCUGUGAUGAGAAAGAGAGAGGAUAUAAGGAGUUUGAGCUUUAGAUCUGUGCAUGAGGCCCAUUACAAUGGAAAGAAGGGUGUGUAUGAGGACAUGAGAAAGAAAACCAUCAUACCAUAUAAGCCCAGUGGCCUGUUUGUUUGUUUUGGAUUCGGUUCUAAAGACAUGAAGUACAGGAAAUGAAGUUUCAGAUUGUGUAAGUGGGCCAUUGUUUUGUUGAUCCAUACCGUUGAUAUGAUGGACCCAACCAUGGAUCAACGUUGGCUCAAAAAACAAAGAUCCUACCUGUCCAAUUUUUGGCAUUUCAUUCAGUUCAAUGUGAACCAUUGCUUUAUUUAUUUUAAUAUUUGUAUAUUUGCACACCAGGUUAGGCUUUGUUUUUCCAUGUGAGACCCAUCAGAUCAACGGUCUCAGUCUGUGGAAGUCCCAUUUGUUUGAUUUGCAGACAUGAGGAUUUUGUGUCCAAGUUUCUAGAAGCUUCUUCUCUUUGGAAGUUUGAUAUUGUUAGAGAGU